CGCUCCCGCGCAGCCUCGCCGGGGGAGGCAGCAGCGCCGCGCCCCAGCCGCCCGCGGUGAAUAUGGCCCUGGCAGGGAAGCCUUUAGACGCGACUCUCACCACCUCCAGAGCUGACCAAUGGAAUAUGGUUUUUCCCCAGAAAGACGAAAUCAUCACCAGCUUAGUGUCUGCCUUAGACUCCAUGUGCUCAGCGCUCUCCAAGCUAAACGCAGAGGUGGCCUGCAUCGCUGUCCAUGAGGAGAGUGCCUUCGUGGUGGGCACUGAAAAGGGACGGGUCUUCCUCAGCACCCGCAAGGAGCUGCAGGCUGACUUCCAGAAGUUUUGCAGAAUCCAGCAAAGGAAGGAGCAGGACGCAGAGGCACAGAAGAAGGCAAAGGAGUGUGGGCGAAGGGUGCUCAGGAUCUCCCCGGACCAGGGAUCAGACGUGUACCUCCUCAGGAAGAUGGUAGAGGAAGUGUUUGAUGUGCUUUAUAGUGAAGCCAUGGGGAAGAGCAGUGUGGUCCCUUUGCCGUACGAGAGGUUCCUGAAAGAGCCGGGCUCACUUGCAGUCGCUGGCUUGCCUGAAGGGAUCAGCUUUAAGAAACCCAUGGAGUACGAUGUGAAAUCCCUGAUGGCCAUCCUAGAACACAGCCACAGCAUCCGCUUCAGGCUUAAAAGGCCAGCAGAUGAGCCCAGCCGAGAGCCCAACCCCAGCGUUGAGUUAACUUGUUCCUCCCUCGCCUCCAAGGGCAGCCGAGACUCCGGUGCCAACGGCCCCAUGGCCAAGCCUGCCACUCAGGACACCCCCUCCGCCAUUGCUGUCACCAACUUCCUAUACAGCGUCUCGCUGCCCACUCCUGUCGCCGUUGACCUCAAGCAGGAGGUGUCCUCGGGGCUGCCUGGGCCGACCGCGGUGGGCGAGGCUCUGCUGGCCCGGCCGGCAGGAGAGCUGAAGGUGCCUUCCUCACAGGAGUACAGCGACUGCUGUGGACAGAAAUCAUCGGUCUCCGGAGGUCCCCUCAUCCAGAAUGUGCACUCAUCCAAGCGCAUCCUCUUCUCCAUCGUACACGACAAGACAGAUAAGUGGGACAGUUUUAUAAAAGAAACUGAAGAUAUCAACACCCUUAGGGAGUGCGUGCAAAUUCUGUUUAACAGCAGAUAUGCUGAAGCCUUGGGGUUAGACCACAUGGUCCCUGUCCCAUACCGGAAGAUUGCCUGUGACCCUGAGGCAGUGGAGAUCAUUGGCAUCCCGGACAAAAUACCCUUCAAAAGACCUUGCACCUAUGGUGUCCCCAAACUCAAGCGGAUAUUGGAGGAGAGGCACAAUAUCCAUUUUGUUAUCAAAAGGAUGUUCGAUGAGAGAAUUUUUACAGGAAGCAAAUUUACCAAAGAUCCAACCAAGCUGGAACCCUCCAGCCCCCCCCGGGAGAUUUCCCCUGAGCCACACCGCGGGGCUGUGCUUGACCUGGCGGGGACCUCUCAGGCCAACAGCAGGUCUGAGAAGUGUAGUGUUUCUGAAAGCUGUGAACCAGGUACCUCAGGAGAGCUAGGUGGGAUCAGGCAGAUCAAAAUCGAACCAGACGAGCUGGACAUCAUCCAGAUCACCGUACCAGACCGAUCACCUGGUUUAGAUGAGAUGCACGACCCUGUGCCCACACAGGUGGCCUCCGAGGAGUCGAGCUACAUCCUGGAAACAGUAGCAGAGGCAGAGAAGGGGCCAAGUGAGGAGUCUCGACGUGAAGAAAGGCAGAUGGAGGGAUCAGAUGGUAUAGGGGAUGUUUUAAGUCAUUUGAGGAAACAAGUUGAAAUUCUGUUCAACUCACGAUACGCGAAAGCCAUAGGAAUAUCAGAGCCGGUCAAAGUCCCCUACUCCAAGUUCCUGAUGUACCCUGAGGACUUGUUUGUUGUGGGCUUGCCAGAAGGCAUCCUACUGCGCCGCCCCAACUGCUUCGGGAUUGCAAAGCUGAAGAAGAUCCUGCAAGCAAGCAACAACAUCCAGUUUGUCAUUAAAAGACCUGAGCUGCUGGCAGAGGGCAUAAAGGAGCCAGCGUCGGACAGCCCAGCAGCCAAAGCCGCCAGCGAGAGGGACUCGAGCGAGGUGCUGAUGGAGGACGCUGUGAAGAGACAGGGCUUUCAAGAAAAUUAUGAUGCCAGGCUUUCCAGAAUAGACAUUGCUAACACGCUGCGGGAACAAGUCCAGGACCUGUUCAAUAAGAAAUACGGUGAGGCCUUGGGGAUCAAAUACCCUGUGCAAGUGCCAUACAAGCGGAUCAAGAGCAAUCCAGGGUCAGUGAUUAUAGAGGGUCUGCCCCCUGGGAUCCCCUUCCGGAAGCCCUGCACCUUCGGCUCACAAAACCUGGAGAGGAUACUAGCUGUUGCUGAUAAAAUCAAGUUCACUGUGACAAGGCCUUUUCAAGGACUUAUCCCCAAACCCGCCUCCAUGGUGAUGGCACAAUUUAGGAAAGACAAAUAUGGCAGAGAGGAAAACAUUUAUAUACCCUUAUUUGGAACAGCAGAAAGAGCUCUAACAAAAGCCCCUAGACGGAUAACAUCCUUGGAAAAAGCGUACGCUGCCUUGAAUGAUGAGGAUGAUGCCAACAGGCUCGGAGAGAAGGUGAUUCUCCGAGAGCAAGUGAAAGAGCUUUUCAAUGAGAAAUACGGAGAGGCUCUGGGCUUGAACCGACCUGUCAUGGUGCCCUAUAAACUCAUCAGGGACAGUCCUGAUGCCGUGGAGGUUACUGGGUUGCCAGACGAUAUCCCGUUCAGAAAUCCCAAUACCUAUGACAUUCAUCGGCUGGAGAAGAUCUUGAAGGCACGGGAGAGCAUUCGGAUGGUGAUUAUAAACCAGCUCCAGCCAUUUGCUGAAAUCUGCCCCGAGGUCAAACAAACAGAGAAAGACAUCAGUGUUCCCAAACGGAAGCGGAAGAGGAUCUCUGAAGGAAACUUGGUAUCUUCCUCUUCCUCGUCUUCCUCUUCCUCCUCUUCCAAUAUGGAGUCUACAUCAUCAACAAAUCAGAUCUCACUUGUGCAAUGGCCCAUGAACAUGUACAUGUUAGACUAUGGUGGUCUAAACGUCCAGAUCCCAGGACCUAUUAACUAUUAGACCUCAAUACCGAAUAAGAACCUCAAAUGAGAGAAUAAAUAAAUAAAUAAAUAAAUGUAAUUUAUGUAAAAAGUGUAUAUUCCAAUAUGUAUCAAUGCCUUUUAGUUUUUCCAAUGAUUUUUACACUAUAUUCCUGCCAUCAAGGCCUUUUUAAAUAAAAAUAAAAAGUGUUGCCUUGCUCUUAAAA